UCCGUGGCCCACGGAACACGGGAGAGUCCCACCUCCCUCCUCUGCUGGACCCAAGCCCUUGGGAUCACCCUGGCCGGCGCGUCCCCCGCACCGCCAGUCACCCUCGGGCUCCCUUUGGGACAGCGGAGGCCUGCCCGGUGCGCCCCAGCUCUCCUCCCAGACGGGCCGGGGAACUUCCCAGCUCUGACGCGGGAGCUUCCUUUACACCAAUGAGGCUCCGGCACCCAGGGACCCUGCCCCUCCCCCGGGAAGGUGUGUCCCUGUUUCCUCACCUGAAACUUCCUUGGGAGAGCCCGAUCCCUCCCUCCGUCCGGGCGGCUCGGGCGGGCCGCGGCUGGGGCGGCCGGGCCUGCGCGCGGGGGGCACUGCGGCGGCACCCGGGACCUGGAGGGGACUUUGGGUCGAGGCAGCAUGCGACACCGGCCAGGAUUCAGCCCUGAUGGAAGCUGAAGAGCCUCACUAUGGAACCUCUAUUCCCAUCUCUGCCAUAGAGGAGUUGGAAGACAUCCCAGAAGCUCUCAUGAGGAGCAGCCAGAUCCCUGCCUUGGCACCAGAUGCUCCAGAGGGCCAGGACCUAUGUGAUCAGUGGGCAGAGGGACACAGACUCUUGAUGAUCCAGCCAAGAGAGUUAAGGGAUGCGAGUGACUAUGCAGCUGAGAGCAUGUCCUCUUUCCCUAAGAAAAGUGCUGUGAAUGUGGAGGACAACCAGGAAAACUUUGUGGCUGUGGUCAGUGACACUCCAGAACAUCAAGAGGCAAUGGGCCAGAGCCUGGCAGAUGAACAAGCAAGAACACUAGCUCCACCACAACUCCAGGAGUGUCCCAUCCAGACUGAAUGCCCGUACCUCGUCCCAACGUUAAGUGAAUCGGGUAGUGGGGAGGAAGUGGAAUUUCAACCUGAAAUGACUUCUUUGACGUUGGAAUCUGGACAAGCUGGAGAGAAGGGGCAACCCCCUCCUGAGAGUUCUCAGACCAUAUUUUGUCCUCCUUGCAAAAAUCACACUACAGAGACCAACCAUAUUGAAGAUUCUGAAAGCAGAACUGUCAGACAGGGGGAAGAGCUACCACUGAAGGAGGUUCAGCAAAGUCAAGGGCAAGAAAGGCUCUUACAUUCCCAGGAGGCUCAGGGAAUGGAAAAUUUGGGACAACAGACAGUGGAAAUUCAGGAGGUAGAAACUCUUGGGGGGGAUGUUUCUUCUGUUGGACUUUGGAAGGGACAAAUACAGAUGGUAGAGCAGGUGAGUGGCCAAGAGGGUGAACAGGGUCAAAAGAGGGAACAGGUUCCAGAUGAUGCAGUACUUGAAGGACAAAGAGAAAGAGAGAGGCUGAAGGAGGAAUUGGACGUUCUGAAUCAUGGUGAGGGAGAGGAAGCGGCGAGAGAGAUGAGUAUUCGGCAUCAACGAGGUCCAGAACAGGGAGCGCAAAGAAAGAUGGAGUUGGGUGGGCCAGAAAGUAAGAGGGUUGACUCUCAGGUCAUGGAAUGUCAAAAUUUGGUGGAAAAAUCAGAGGGAGUAACUGGACAGCAAACUCAGGGUGUCACAGAGAAAGUGAUGACAGAAGAGGGACAGGAGAGGGAGGUAGUGUCAGAUGAGCAGGAGCCGGGAGCUUGGGGUGGGGAUGGUCAGGAGACAGUGGAAGAAGAGAGAUCGGAAAAGCAAGAACAUCAUGGGCCUUCCACACUGGCUCUCGUGCCCUCUGAGAUCUCUUCUACCUGUGAUCUCCUUCCAGGUGUCUCUUAUCCCAUGGCUCAGGUUCCUGGGACUCAGAUGGAGCCCAGGGCUGUGGAACUGUCCCCCUUAGCUCCAACCCCUGUAAGAGAGCCAGUAGGACAUUUCCAUCAAGGUGUUUCUCUACCAGACUCCUUUCCUAAUGCGGAGUUACCUGACACUGAAUCAGCUCAAGAUACUCAGGAAGAAGAAUCGGAAUGGGACAAGGAGAAAGCAUCCAGUAAGGAGACUAAGAUGGUCUCUGGCAAUACAUCUGUGACUCCUUCAAGGACAUUGGAUACAGCUUUACUGAAUACAGCUGAGGUCUCCACCAUCACACCUGUGUCAUCUACUAGUCUCCCAAGUCCUUUUCCCAGGAGUGAGGCUAACAACCUCUCUCUCUGUGAGGCUUUCAAGAAUCCUCUGGAAGCUCUCCAUGGUUUUCCCACUACAGAAGCCACCAUGGACCCGGUUGCCAGCUCCACACAUGGCCCCCCAGUGAUCUCCACAGAGGCCAUUCAACACCCUCGGAGAAACUCCUUUCCAGGCUCUCACAGGACACAGCCAACUCCAAACUUUGUGGGAAUGUCACUCUCUUUCUCCCACUCAGAGUUGCCCCAGAGGUCCCCCAAGCCUGCCAUCUAUGGUUCUGUGAUCCCAAGAAGGGACAGAAGAAGAGGGAGGGACUGCAACAUCAUUUCAGAAUUCCCUCCCUCAUUUUUCAUUCCAAGGCGGGACUCUCAACAAUACGUCUCCAAUGCAGAGAGGCCCAGCAGUCCUAAUGAUACCCAGCUAUGGGGUUCUCCAUGCAAUGUAGCCUUUGCCCAACAGUCUCCUGCUUACGGUCCUUCCCUACCCCUUGCCUCCAUAGAUAAUAGAAUUUAUGAACCUCUGCCCCCUCCUCCCCCAGGGAAGAGGCAUGGCCAUUCCUCCAUAAUGAAGAGAGAUGUGCCUCACACAUUAAAGAGAUAUAGCAAUCCUCUUCCAUUGACCCAAGGUUCAGGGCUACAUGACUCUGUUAAAGGGCCACUUCCUCAAGUUCCUGAUCCAUUCGUGCUAAGGCAGCACCGACCUCUGCCAUCUACUCCAGAUGAUACACACCAUACUCAGACCUCUUUUUCCCCUAGGUUGAGAUACAACAAGCCAUUACCCCCAACUCCUGAAAUGUCCCAGCCCCACCAUUCUCCCAUUUCUUCCUCCAGUAGUUCAAGGAUCUACAGGCCCCUGCCCCCCAUCCCCACCCUGGAUCCUCCCAGUGAACCACCCCCAUUGCCUCCGAAGGCCAGGGGGAGGAGCAGGAGCACCCAUGGAGGACUUACGAAUUCAGGGGUUCAAGCUAAACCACGACCUGUUAGUCAAGACUGGACAGCCUCCACUCCUCCUUCCGUUGGACGUACUUCCUGGCCCCCUGCCACUGGCAGAUCUGCAGAUGUCUUGGCUUCUACCAGUAGGAGUAAGAGUGAAGCUUCCUCUGGCAUGGCUUUCAGCAACAUGACAAACUUUCUAAGCCCCUCUCCCCCUACCACUCCAUGGACUCUGGACCUGCAGGAAUCCAGCCCUAAGGGAGAACCAGUGCUCUCCGGAACAUCUGAGCCCCCUGUGAGAGGGCCUAUAAGAACAGCCCCUCAGGAAGGGGCCAGUGGCUCAAGGAGGUCAACUGUAGACCCUGCAAGUCACCCAGAAAAGGCCAACCAUCCACAUCUGGAGAAAGCAUCCAGCUGGCCCCAUAGACGUGACCCAGGAAGACCACCAGAGGGUAGCAGGGGCCAGGCUGUGCUCCCUGGUGAGGGGCCCAACAAACAGAAGAGCUGGAACCGGCAAGGUCUACGCAGACCUUCCAUCUUGCCUGAAGGCUCCUCAGAUUCGAGAGAUCCAGCCAUGGAAGGACCUGGCCCCUCAGACACUAUUGUUUUGCGGGAGAAAAAGCCAAGGGAAGUGAUGGGAGGUUUUUCAAGACGUUGUUCCAGGCUCAUCAACACCUCCCAUCUGCUCUACCAGGAGUACAGUGAUGUCAUUCUGAACAAGGAAAUUCAGAGCCAGCAGCGCCUAAACAGCUUGGCCGAGACACCCGGCGCUGCCUCCCCCAGGCAGCCUCGGAAGUCCCAGGUGUCCUCCGAGUCCUGCCUGCAGCGCCUCUCCGUGGGCUCCAGCGGCUCGCUCUGGCAGGAAAUCCCCCGGGUUCGAGACAGCAAUGUACUGCUCUCCAUGACCCAUGAAGACCAAAAACUGCAAGAGGCCAAGUUUGAGCUGAUUGUUUCGGAGGCCUCCUACCUGCGUAGCCUGCACAUAGCUGUGAAUCAUUUCCAAGGCUCAAAGCUGCUCCAGGCCACCAUGUCCAAACAGGAUCGCCAAUGGCUCUUCUCUCGCCUAGAGGAUGUGCAGGAAGUCAGCAACGCGUUCCUUUCAGACCUAGAAGAUAACUUGGAAAAUGACAUCUUCGCCUUUCAAGUGUGUGAUGUGGUUCUGAAUCAUGCCCCGGACUUCCGACGUGUCUACCUGCCUUAUGUCACCAACCAGACGUAUCAGGAACGCACCUUCCAGAGCCUGCUAAACAGCAACAGCGGUUUCCGAGACGUCCUGGAGAAACUGGAGAGUGACCCCAUCUGCCAGCGUCUUUCCCUCAAGUCCUUUCUGAUCCUGCCCUUCCAACGCAUCACCCGCCUCAAACUACUGCUCCAGAACAUUCUGAAGAGAACACAGCCUGGCUCCUCAGAGGAGGCAGAGGCCACAAAGGCGCAUCACGUCCUGGAGGAGCUGAUCCGAGACUGCAACAACAAUGUGCAGAGAAUGCGGCGGACGGAGGAGCUCAUCUACCUGAGCCAGAAGAUUGAGUUUGAGUGCAAAAUAUUCCCACUCAUCUCACAGUCACGCUGGCUGGUGAAGAGCGGAGAACUCACAGCCCUGGAGUUCAGCGUCUCCCCGGGGCUGCGAAGGAAGCUCAACACACGUCCAGUGCACCUGCACCUCUUCAAUGAUUGUCUGCUGCUGUCGCGGCCCCGAGAGGGCGGCCGCUUCCUGGUGUUUGACCACGCUCCGUUCUCCUCCAUCCGUGGAGAAAAGUGUGAAAUGAAGCUCCAUGGAUCUCACAAAAACCUCUUCCGACUCUUCCUGCGGCACAACGCCCAAGGCACCCAGGCCGAAUUCCUCUUCCGCACAGAGACUCAAAGUGAAAAGCUUCGAUGGAUCUCAGCUUUGGCCAUGCCAAGAGAGGAGUUGGACCUUCUGGAAUGUUAUGACUCCCCACAAGUGCAGUGUCUUCGUGCCUACAAGCCCCGAGAGAAUGAUGAGUUGGCACUAGAAAAGGCUGACGUGGUGAUGGUGACUCAGCAAAGCAAUGAUGGCUGGCUGGAGGGUAUGCGACUCUCAGAUGGAGAACGAGGCUGGUUCCCUCUGCAGCAGGUGGAGUUCAUUUCCAACUCAGAGGUCCGUGCACAGAACCUAAAGGAAGCCCAUCGAGUGAAAACGGCUAAAUUACAGCUGGUAGAACACCAACCCUAACCGUUCUCAGUUAGGAGUCUCCUGAACUUGAGUACAAGUUGUUCCUAGAGAGAACCAGUCCCAGAAACUUGCUACAGGAGCUUUCCGUGGAUCAAGAACUAGACCUUCUGAAAGCCCAAGGACAGAAUGCGGCCAACCCAGUUGCUCAUCCCAGGCCUCCUUACUUGUGCUUUGUGCUUGGUGGGGGGAUUCUGAGGACCUUUGCACUGGACUCCAGGAACCGGCAAACCUUCUCUGCUGACAGGGCACAGAUGCAGAGCUGGCCACAGUUUCAGUUAUGGGUGGAUAUGUUGAACGAUCUGACCUCAGUCCACUGGAAGGGGGUGUUAAGGGAGGAAUAGCACCUUUAGCUGUCAGCCUGGCGACAUGUCGACAUCCCAGAGAGUCUCCAACUUGUUGCUGUGAGGUCAUUGUGUGUACCUCUGAGCUCCGUGUCCCUUGGUGGUGACGUGAGGGUCAUGCUGUCUCACACUAAUAAACUUGGCACUUCUGCGAGA